AUGGACGACGGUGCUGUGAAAAUGAACUCAGAGCUUUCGACGUCGGAUUCUUUUCCACUGGAGUCGUCGAAACAUGCGUCCCAGAGCGGUGGGGCACCGGAGGGAUUAGUGUUCGCCGGAAAGCUCGCUUUGUACCACUUCUACGCCGUGUACGACGGCCAAGGCGGGGCUAAGGUGGCGCACGCGUGCCGUGACCGGCUGCACAAGCUACUCGCGGAGGAGAUUGAAAACGGGAGAGAUGGCGUAGAAGGAACCAAUUGGGAGAAUAUGAUGGUGGCGGGCUUUUCAAAGAUGGAUGAAGAGACUAAAGACGAAGCCAGUGAGGAGGAAGACAGUUCGGAAUCUUCCUUGUUGAGGUGGAUAGGAUCGACGGCGACGGUGGUGGUGGUCGAUGAAGAGAAGCUUGUGGUGGCCAAUUGUGACCAUUCGAGGGCCGUUCUAUGCCGCAGUGGCGUUGCCGUGAUGUGUCUUUUACUCGAUUGCUUCUCCUCGCACGAGAAUUCGCAGCAUCGUAAAACUAGAUAUUCAAUUUUCCUCUGAUUUUUCCCUUGCCAAACACACUGAUAAAAACCGAAUUUUGA